AUGUCACUUUUCCCAAUUCAUCGUUAUCGUCGUUUUGAUGAUCCAUUUGAUCGAUUCUUUGGUGAUCAAUUGGAUUUCUUCGAUCCAUGGUAUGAUUUUGAUACAUUUCCAUCGGCUCUUUCUGUUCAACCAAAUGCUUUUCGAUGGAUCAAUGAACCAUAUCGAUUAACACAUUCAUCAACAACACCAACAUCACGAUCACCAACUGCUGAAAAAUUUCGUGUUCAACUCAAUGUAGCAGGUUUCAAUCCAGAUACAAUUAAAACAAAAGUUGAAGGUCGAAAAGUAAUUGUCGAAGCUAAACAAGAAGAUCGUCAACCUGAUGGUGAUUAUAAUAUUCGAGAACUACGAAAAACCUAUGAAUUACCUGAACAUGCUGAUUCACAACGUUUAGCUUCAUAUGUAACUCCAAAUAAUAUGCUUGUCAUUGAAGUACCAAUUCGUAAUCCAGAAGCAGAACGUCGUGUUGCUCAAGCUAGAAAUGAUAAUCAAAGUUUGGUACAAUUUGGCCAAUAUCGUGAUCCUUUAUUUGAUUAUGCUGGAUUUUUGGCUGGUUCAGAUUUUCAACCACGUAUUGUUGAUAAAGGAAAUAAUGAAAAACAACUUGAAAUGUCAGUUGGAAUGAAAAAUUAUCGACCAGAAGAAAUAAAAGUAUCAGUUAAAAAUAAUGAAUUAAUUGUUCAAGGUGAACAUCAAUAUAAAGAUAACAAUCGUUCAGAACGAUCCUUCUUCUUUAAAUCAACAACAUUACCACCUGGUGCACAAGUAGAUCAAUUACAAUCACGUUUAACUGAUGAUGGACAAUUGAAAAUUGAAGCACCUUAUGUUGAACAAAAGGGAGCUACAAAAUCAAUUGAAAAUCAGAAGAAAUAA